AUGCCAGGGCUUGUCUGUGUCUGCUGCUUCUACUGUAUCUGCUGCUUCUACUGUAUCUGCUGCUUCUACUGUAUCUGCUGCUUCUACUGUAUCUGCUGCUUCUACUGUAUCUGCUGCUUCUACUGUAUCUGCUGCUUCUACUGCGUCUGCUGCUUCUACUGUAUCUGCUGCUUCUACUGUAUCUGCUGCUUCUACUGUAUCUGCUGCUUCUACUGUAUCUGCUGCUUCUACUGUAUCUGCUGCUUCUACUGCAUCUGCUGCUUCUACUGUAUCUGCUGCUUCUACUGUAUCUGCUGCUUCUACUGUAUCUGCUGCUUCUACUGUAUCUGCUGCUUCUACUGCGUCUGCUGCUUCUACUGUAUCUGCUGCUUCUACUGUAUCUGCUGUUUCUACUCUAUCUGCUGCUUCUACUGCGUCUGCUGCUUCUACUGCAUCUGCUGCUUCUACUGUAUCUGCUGCUUCUACUGUAUCUGCUGCUUCUACUGUAUCUGCUGCUUCUACUUAAUUAAUAUACUAAACUAUUCACCGGUUGAGCAUCUAGGAUUGAAGCACGAAAUCCUUUCUCCUCACCUACAGGGAGAAAUAGGCCAGUCAAAACUAUCAGUCCCCUAUGCCAGCCCAGACAAAGCCAUCAAAGACUUUGAGAAGAAGUUCACAGACAAGACGAAGAACAGCUGGAAGGAGCGGGACAACUUUGUGUCUCGCCCGGGGAAGUACACCCUGAUAAAGGUGGAUGGAGGCCAGGAUGCAGAGGUCAAGGUGGACAAUGUUGAGGGGAAGAUUGUCAAGGGGACCCAAAACAUUCUGCCUUGCACCCUGAAUAACCCCACACAGAAGCUCAUCCAUCUAAUAUUUAGCAACGACAUGUUCAAAAAGGCCAUGGAGUGCAUGGACCUGGACAUAAAGAAGAUACCCUUGGGGAAGCUGAGCAAGCUGCAGAUCACGAAGGGCUUUAAAGUGCUGGAGGAGAUUGAGGGAGCUAUGAACGCCAGCCAGACCAGCAGGGCCAAACUGGAGGAGCUCUCCUCCAAGUUCUUCACCAUCAUCCCACACAUCUUUGGACGCAAAAGGCCCCCGGUCAUCGACAGCUCUGAGAUCAUAGAGAAGAAGAAGGAGAUGCUUCUGGUGCUGGCUGAUAUAGAGAUAGCCCAAGACCUGAAGGCUGAGACUGAGAAGACCCAGGAGCUGAUGGAGGUAGAGAAAGUACCUCAUUCACUGGACCAGAACUAUCUGUCUCUCAACUGCAAACUCUGUCUACUAGAAAGAGAAACACAGGAAUUCAAGGUAAUUGAGAAAUACCUGAAGGCCACUGUACAUAGCCACAGCCAGCCAAAGAUUAUAGAUGUCUGGGAGGUAGAGAGUGAGACUGAGGCGGAGCGGUUCAGGGAGAAUGACAACCUGGGGAACCGGCGUCUGCUGUGGCACGGCACCAACUUGGCAAUGGUUGCGGUCAUCUUGAAAGGUGGCCUAUAUAGUCACUUCAUGCCCCAGUCAGGGGGCUGCGCAGGCAGGGGCAUCUACUUUGCCUCGGAGAUCAGCAACUCUUCUAAUUACAUGCAUACAUCUGAAGGCAUCGAGGUGAUGUUUCUGAAUGAGGUGGUGCUAGGGAAGGAGCACACCAACACGAAGGAUGACAGCUCCCUGAUGAAGGCUCCUGAUGGCUACGACAGCGUGGUGGCUCGAGGACAGGUGGAACCAGACCCGUCCAAGGACAUCUUCCUGACACUGGAUGGUAAGCAGGUGGCUGUGUCUCAGGGUAAACCCACCAAGCAGCCCCAGUACAAGGACAGCUACUUCUGCAACAGCGAGGACCUGGUCUACAAGGGAAACCAGUGUCGCAUCCGCUACCUGCUGGAGCUCAAGUUUUAACUGGAGAGAAGGAGGGAGGGAGGAGGCACCUAUGCAUUCUAGGAGAUGGUAUUAUUCAAGUAAUUAAAGUUUUUGUUAUUAAUAGACACCUCUGUCACUGUGUGCAAUAUCCAACCAAAGUUCCCUAUAAUAUCAUAUAUAUACUCUGUGCCUUAUCCUUUAUAGUAUCCUAACAGGUUUUGAGUGAACAGUCUUCCAUGGUCUAUUGCAGUGGUUCCCAAACUUUUUAUUGUCCAGUACCCCUUCAAACAUUUAACCUCCAGCUGCGUACUCCC